GGAGAAUCUGUUUUAUGCCAAAAUAUACUUCAAUAUAUCAAUGCCUAGUUAUAGAUUGAAGUAUUUAAGGGUUUAUGUUGAGGAUAUUGUGAAGUUAAGUUCAAUUUUUUUGUUGUAAAUGCAAUGCUGUAUAGGGUCAGAGUGGAUGAGCUACGGCCUUGGUCUGAGCUUCCUACGGAAUUCCAGGAGCUUAUUGUGUCCUGUCUGUGCCUUGAAGAUUAUGUCCGCUGGUCCUGUGUGUGUAAGGAAUGGCGAAAUGUUUCCCGUUCACUCAGUGCAGUAAACCAAUUCCCAUGGCUUUUGUUCUCCCCAGUUAAUGAUGGCAAAAUCAAGUUCUUUGAUCCUUCACAGGGGAAUUUCUAUUUUGAUGAGAUCCCUGAUCUAAAAGAUGCAUUUAUCCAUUGCUGCAAGGAUGGGUGGGUUCUGCUUUCUCAAACUAAUCGCAUUUUCUUUUUCAAUCCCUUCACCAAGUCGAGAAUCGAUCUUCCCACUUGCAAAACUUUUCCAUAUAAUUCCGUGAGAUUUGCUCUAUCUUGUGCUCCCACAUCCCCUGACUCUGUACUUAUCUCAAUUGAAAGUCAUGUGGGAAGUGUUGAUAUUAGCACAUUUCAUCCAGGAGAUGCACAGUGGACCACUGUUAAGUACCAAAAUAAUGAUGGUGGGAUGGAUGUUUUAUUUAAUAAUGAGAGGGUUGAUGGGUUUGUUUUAUUUUUCUUUUGGGGGCAUGAUCCAGUUUUCUGUAACGGAUUAUUCUAUUGCUUUUAUGAAUCGUGUGAUAUGGUAGGGAUAUUUGAUCCACAGAAACAUACUUGGAGGGUUGAUUUUUUGCAUUCAAUUAAUCUUCCUCAUUUGAGCUAUGAUCAAGAGAGAACUAUGCACAUAGUCGAAUUCAACGGGGAGAUUGUAUUGGUGUGCGCAUCUUAUCCACGUAAGUCCAGAAACAUAUUUGGAAUACCCAGUGCACAAUGCUCCUGCCACUGUGGGUUCCGGGGAGCAUCUUAUCGUGAUAAACCCAUUAUAUUCAAACUGAACUGGUCCGAGAAGAAAUGGGUUGAAAUGGACAGCUUGAAUGGUGUAACAGUGUUUGUCAGCUCGCACUAUUCUUCUUCAGAACCUUAUUCCUCAAGAUUAUCAAGGAACAGUGUCUACUUCCAGUGUCUACUUCUCAAAGUAUCGUGGCUAUGGAAAGUGUAG